AUGAGCAUUGAAAUAAUGAAUCAAUCACAAGCUGGUGAUACACUUGAUGGUCUGCACUAUACAGAUAAUAGAUACAAAAUGAUGGAGAACAUCAAAAAUACUGGUAGGCCAUUUUACCCACAUAAGUUUACAGUUUCUAUGUCGCUUCCAGCUUAUGCUUUGAAAUACAGUAGUUUCGAAAAUGGAUAUGUUGAUAAGAGCACCACUCUUUCAUUAUCUGGAAGAGUUACGUCCAUUCGAAGUUCAAGUUCCAAGUUAAUAUUUUAUGAUAUUUUUUGUGAGGAACAAAAAGUACAAGUUAUUGCGAAUAUUAUGGAGCAUGAUAUAAGUACUGGCGAAUUCUCUGUUGCUCAUUCUGAAAUAAGAAGAGGCGAUGUGGUUGGAUUUACUGGGUUCCCAGGAAAAUCGAAGAGAGGUGAGCUAUCGUUAUUCAGCAAAAGUGUUGUUUUGCUUUCUCCAUGUUAUCAUAUGUUGCCUACAGCAAUUUCUGGUUUGAAAGAUCAAGAAGUAAGAUACAGGCAAAGAUAUCUUGAUUUGAUGUUGAAUGAAGAGAGUAGAAAAGUUUUCAAAUUGAGAAGCAGAACUAUCAAAUACAUUAGGAAUUUUUUUGACGAACUUGGGUUCUUAGAAGUUGAAACUCCUAUUUUAAAUAUGAUUUAUGGAGGAGCAUCGGCAAGACCAUUUAUUACAUACCAUAAUGAGUUAGAUACUCAACUUUAUAUGAGAAUUGCUCCGGAGCUUUAUUUGAAACAAUUAAUUGUCGGUGGGUUGGAUAAAGUAUAUGAAAUAGGGAAAAACUUUAGAAACGAAGGAAUAGAUUUAACACACAACCCUGAGUUCACGGCAAUGGAAUUCUAUAUGGCAUAUGCUGAUUAUUUUGAUUUAAUGGAUCUGACUGAGAAGUUAAUAAGUGGUCUGGUACUUGAAAUUCAUGGAAGUCUUAAAAUUCCUUAUCACCCAGAUGGACCAGAGGGCGAAUGCGUUGAAAUAGACUUUACAACACCUUGGAAGAGGUUCUCGUUUGUUGAAGAAAUCGAGUUAGGGCUAGGGGAAAAGCUGAAGAGACCACUAGAUUCUCAGGAAAAUAUAGAAUUUAUGAUAGAAAUGUGUGAGAAACAUAAAAUUGAACUUCCUCAUCCUAAAACCGCCGCUAAACUUCUUGACAAAUUGGCUGGCCAUUUCGUGGAAACCAAAUGUAUUAAUCCUUCAUUUAUUAUGGACCAUCCUCAAACCAUGUCUCCAUUGGCGAAGUGGCAUAGAGAAAAACCUGAAAUGACUGAAAGAUUUGAACUUUUUGUUUUAGGUAAGGAGCUAUGUAAUGCAUAUACUGAGUUGAAUGAACCUUUACAACAAAGGAAAUUCUUUGAGCAACAAGCAGAAGCAAAAGCAUCAGGUGAUGUGGAAGCUUGCCCAAUUGAUGAGACAUUCUGCCUUGCAUUAGAACAUGGUCUACCACCUACGGGGGGAUGGGGGCUUGGUAUUGACAGAUUAGUAAUGUUCUUGGCAGACAAAAACAAUAUCAAAGAGGUUAUUUUGUUCCCAGCAAUGAGGAAUGUCAAGCAACAAAACAAUCAACAGAGCGGAAAGUAA